UCGACCAGAGAGUUGGUUUUCAGCACCAGUCACACGCACUACAGCACUGCACUAGCUUCCACCUUCUGCUCGACUAUCGUUAGCGUGAAUUCGUCUCGUUCGUUUGCCACAAUGGCGCGCGCGGCUCUUCUUCCGCUCCUCGUCCUGCUGCUCGUUGCUCCCGUUUUCGGCCACCGGGGAGGCGGUGGAGGUGGCUUCGGCGGCGGCGGCAGGGGGCCGCAUGGCCCGCCGAUCGACGCGUCCGUCACGGGAAAUCUCACAGGUCGCGUUGGUGCCUGGGUGGCCAACUGCACCGCCGACAUCGGCGCCACUCGCGGCAAGUUCCUCCUCGCGGUUUUCAAGGACGAGUCGUCCGGCUCCGCCGUCUACAAUCUCUAUUUCGAUGCCGACCUUGACGAGUACUCCGGGACCGCGCCCGACACCAUCACCAUCGUGCAGGGCUCCGCCUGCGACUCGACCGCCACUGCCGCCCUCACUCUGCCGUCCACCGGCUGGGCCACCGAGACGCGCGGCGGCGGCCGCCACGGCGGGUGGGGCGGCGGCGGCGGGUCGCACACAGAGCUGCGCGUGACGGGCACCGUGGAAGGCGCGGACGCGACGGUCGUGGAGGCGCUUCUCGCGGGCGUGCCGAACGCGACGGUGACGCAGAACAUGUUCACCAAGGCGCUCAACGGCGCGAAGCAGGGCUUCCAGAACGCCUUCGGCGGACGCCGCCGCGGGCGCGAGCUCGCGGGGCAGAGCGCGGGGAAGAUGGCGCAGCAGUUCCUGAAGCGCCAGCGCCAGCGCCUGGCGUGGAUGGGCGCUAAGACCAAGGCGCUCUUCGCGACGUUCAUCGGGACCUCUGAUACCGCGACGGAUUCGCCCUACGCUGUGAUUUUCACCGACAGCACCACCGGGAACUCCUGGAGCGCCGCGCUUACUGGGAACUUCGGCAGGAAGCCGCACGGACCUGAUGGUGACGGGGAUGGCCCUGGUGGCCACUAGAGCAGAGCCAACCCAUAAGAUUUCAGUCGUAAAGAUGGAGCAAAGGGCAGGGUGCAGUUUGGGGGGAAUGCAGAAUGGCUGGUGAUGGGUUGGGAAGUGUCGGACGGGGUUUUAGGGUUGUGAGGGAGGAGGCGCUUUUGAUGUUUGCUUUGUUGGGUUCCAUUCAGGUGGGGUCUUUGGUCGACUCUUGAGAAAUUUGUUGAGGUGGCGGGGAUACUUCUGGUAUCAUUGUCCUCUCUAGAGUCGACCCAAGACAACCUCAUUACCGUCUGUUUUAUGCUUUAAAGGAAAAGCAGCCUUACAUUC